AUGUCUCUGUUACCAUUUUUAUUGGAGGAUCUUUCACGCCCAACCGUUUACGAUCAGCACUUUGGUCUGGGAUUGUUAGAUGACGUGUUGGUACCAGCAGAAUAUAAUCCGCAUUUCGGAAGAGAUCCUUUUGGAAUUAGAGGUUAUCAAAGACCUAUGCGUCUUGUGGCAGCGCCUAAAAGUGGUCUGUCUCGUAUUCGCAAUGACAAGGAUGGUUUCAAAGUGAACUUAGACGUUCAACAGUUCAAACCAGAUGAGGUCACUGUAAAGGUGGUCGAUGACUAUGUCGUAGUGGAUGGAAAACAUGAAGAACGUAGUGAUGAACACGGUUUCAUUUCUCGUCAGUUUACUCGCCGUUACAAAAUCCCAGACACUGUCGACCCAAAAUUGAUUACAUCAUCUUUGUCAUCGGACGGUGUGCUCAGCGUUGGUGCUCCCAAGAAGGUAUAGUUUAAAAUAAUAUUUAUUGUUAAAAUAUAACCAUAGGUAAAUAGACAUAAAAUAAUAAUUAUUAUUAUGUCUAUGCAUAAUAUGUAAUAGUAUUUAUCAACGGGUAAUAACAUAUUAAUGAUGUCUGUUGAAUUAUUUAGGUUAUCAAUGAAAAGAAGGAGGAGAUAUCCAUUCCCAUUGUUCAAACCAAUGAGCCUAGUAUUAAAGUAUCUGCUAACAAAGAAAAAAAGGAAGAAGAAAAAAUGGAUACUAAAUAA